AUGGCGCCGGACAACAUCGAUGAUCCAGUGUUCAUCAAACGCCCCGGCCUCAACUGCUACGAGUCGAUGAAAGGAACACCCUACGUGGUGAAAUCCGUCCUCGACGAGACCUUGAUCAUGGAAAAGGUCUCCAAAGAUCCGCAUCCGUAUAUCAUCAAGUACUACGGCUGCCACACCGCACGCGGGCGCAUCACCUCUCUCGUUCUCCAGUCGUACGACUGCACGCUCACUCAAUUUUCCCGGCAGCCAGGUUUCAAAGACCUCGACAAGGAAAAGUUUCUGGAUGGCCUAGAGUCAGCUGUGGCAUAUGUACACUCACUGGGCCUGGCUCAUAACGACAUCAACCCGGACAACAUCAUGAUGGGAGAAGACGAAAUGCCUGUUCUCAUUGACUUUGGGUCUUGUGCGCCGUAUGGGCAGAAUCUUCAGUCCUUGGGCACUGAUGGAUGGUACGAGGAGGUAUUCUUCACAUCUGAGAAGUCACACGAUGAUUUUGCCAUGAAGAAGAUGAGAGUCUGGAUACAGGAUCCGCCAGUAUGA